AUGGGGAAAGUAGAACGUAUAGUCUUUGUGUCGCUCAUUCUCGAUCUUUUUGCAUUUACAAUCCCUCUACCCUUGUUCCCUCGCAUAAUCGAGUGGUAUACGGUGAGAGAAAUCUCCGACCCCAAUGGCCUCCUUUCCAGAACGCUGCGGUUUGUUUCGGCUGUACGAGGUGUCUUCUAUAAGCCACUACAAAACUCCCAGAGAUGGGAUGUAGUUUUCCUUGGUGGUCUGAUGGGUUCUGCUUUCUCCACUCUACAGUUCUUGGUAUCGCCGCAUAUAGGAUCCCUCUCCGACAAGUAUGGGCGCAGGAACGUUCUAUUGACCAGUAUGAUAGGAAACAUAUUGUCUGCGCUCAUUUGGAUUCAGUCCACCACUUUUGCCUCUUACAUGCUCUCCCGCGUCAUAGGGGGUCUUAGUGAAGGCAACGUGCAACUUGCUACUGCCAUCCUCUCAGAUGUUUCAACGCCUAGGAACCGAUCUAAAGCCCUUGCACACGUUGGAAUCGCGUUUGCUAUCUGUUUCUGCAUUGGGCCUCCGAUCGGAGCCUAUUUUGCCUCGAGGCCAGUUCCUCUAUCUGAGGCUCUACAAAUGGAAUUGAAUGUCUACGCGGUCCCGGCAUUAUUGACGCUCGUACUACUUGUCGCAGAAACCUUGUUCCUGACAGUUGCUCUUCCUGAAACCCGAAAUACCCAGCCUGACAAGCACGAUAACGAUGAUCCCCUAGAAGUUCAUAUCAACGAGAAGUCGAAGGCUGCUUCCGUGGUACGGAGUGUGAAAGAGAGAACUGAACUUUUACGGGUCUUGCGCAAGCUCCACUUCCUUUUCUUAGGAAUCUUCUCAGGCGUAGAAUUCACCCUCACUUUCCUUACCUUCGAUUUAUUUGAUUGGAAUAAUACACAGAAUGGAGCAUUGAUUGGCUCCACUGGCAUUAUCAGUGCUCUUUUACAGGGGGGAUACGUCCGUCGUGCUAUCUCCAAAGUAGGAGAGGGGAAAAUGGCACAAAGAGGGGUCUCUAGCUGCGCCCUGGGCCUCGUGCUCCUAGCCACCCUUCCUCGCUUCGUGUCCACCCAACCAAAAAUCGCCUUCUGUCUGGCCUUCACUUCCGCGACGGUCUGCGACGAGGGCUUUGACAAAGAUACAGGCAAACCUGCGGCCGAACACCCUGAAUUGGCCAAGGGCAAGGCACUAGGUGAAUUCCGGUCAUCAGGUCAGCUGGGUCGCGCAAUAGGGCCGUUGCUUGCAUGCGCUUCAUAUUGGACGUUCGGGCCGUCUAUUACUUAUGCUGUGAGCGCGAUAGCUAUGUUGACUUUGUCAGCGUCCAUGAAAACCUUUGCCGUUCUACCGGAAAAAGUAUCAUGA